AAAAGGAGCCACGCGUGCAGGAGGAGGAAGCACCCCCAAAGUGGCAUAUCGCCGCCCGCCACUACCCUGCCGCCGUGGGUCCCGCCGUUACCUCCCCGCCGGCCGGCUCUCCGCUCCACCACCAUUAGUCCAUGACCGGGCCGCUAUAAAAAUCCACGCAGAGCACAGCAUCCCACACACGCACGCACGCACGCACGCUCAGAGUCAAAGAUAAGCUACAUACAGAGAAGCAAUCAACACCAUGCGCGCUCCGGCGAGCCUCCUGCACCGCGCCGCACUCGCCAACACUGGCCCCGGCGAGCCGUCGUCGUCACCGUCUCCGGUGAGCAUGAAGGCCCCUGAGCAGCAGCAGCCGCGGCAGCAGCAGACGGCGCCUGUGAUGGCGGUGAACUCGGACAUGGUGCUCAUCCUAGCGUCGUUGCUAUGCGCGCUCGUCUGCGUCCUCGGCCUCGCCCUCGUCUCCCGGUGCACGUGCCGACGACGCCGCCGCUCGGCCACAUCCUCCGACCAUGCCCCUCCUCCCCCAAAGGGCCUCAAGAAGAAGGCCAUCCACGCGCUCCCCACCGUCUCCUUCGCCGCCAACGGGGCUUCUCCGACGCCGGCGACGUGCUCGUCGUCAGAGUGUGCGAUCUGCCUGGCGGAGUUCACGGAGGGGGAGGCCCUGCGCGUGCUCCCGCGGUGCGGCCACGGCUUCCAUGCCGCAUGCGUCGACGCCUGGCUCCGGACCUGCGCCACAUGCCCUUCCUGCCGUGCCCCCAUCGUUGCCACGCCAGCGCAGCCGCCGGUGGUGGUCGUGGUGGCGGCGAACAACAGGUGCGGGAGGUGUGGCGAGGUGGCAGCGCCGAACCAUGGUGUCGAUGACACGUUUUUACCGUAGCUUGUAAAAUUAUUAAUCAGGUUUGUAGUAUUUGUUCUUGUGCCCUGUUUCCCUCUGUCUCUCUCUCUGUGUACUAUAGCUAGGUCCCGUUGUACAUUCAAUUUGUCUUCCGGUUGAUUUUGUGAAGCAAAACUUGUGUUACUUCA